GCCAGAGGCAGCAGCAGCUUCUGCAGGUUCAACAGGCCUCUGCCCUUUGGUCAAACAAAAACCUGCAGCUCCCUUUCCACCACCCAUCCCCUUCUUUUGGUUAACCAGAGAGGAGGAGGAUGGCCUAUGCAGAGGAAGACAGGAACAGCUAUGAGGUGUACAAGGAAACAGCAGAUUGGUUACGUGCCCGAACCGUCCAGCGCCCAAAAAUCGCCAUCAUCUGCGGCUCCGGACUGGGAGGCCUGGCUGACGUGUUGGAUAAUAAGACAGUCUUUCCCUACGAGGACAUCCCUCACUUCCCACGGAGCACAGUUGCAGGGCACGUUGGCAGGCUGGUGUUUGGGGAGCUGAGCGGGCAGCCCUGCGUGUGCAUGCAGGGGCGUUUCCACUCCUACGAAGGCUACUCUGUCAGCACGGUCACCUUUCCCAUCAGGGUCUUCUUUCUCCUGGGGGUGGAGAUCUUGAUUGUCACAAAUGCUGCUGGAGGACUGAAUCCCCACUUCCAAGUGGGGGACAUCAUGUUCAUAAGAGACCACAUCAGCUUGUUUGGCUUGGGAGGGCAGAAUCCACUGCGUGGACCAAAUGAUGAGAGGUUUGGGGUGAGGUUUCCCUGCAUGUCAGAUGCUUAUGAACAGGAUCUGCUGGGCCUGGCAAAGGAGAGUGCCCAGGAGCUGGGCUUCCUGAGCUUCACCAGGGAAGGAGUGUACUGUGUGCUGGCCGGGCCCUGCUACGAGACCGUCGCCGAGUGCCGGGUGCUGCAGGCGCUGGGAGCCGACGCCGUGGGCAUGAGCACUGUCCCAGAGGUGAUUGUGGCCAGGCAUUGUGGCCUCCGAGUCCUUGGGAUCUCCCUCAUCACCAACAAAGUGGUGAUGAGCUAUGACAGCCAGGAGAAAGCCAACCACGAGGAAGUGCUGCGCGUCUCGGUGGUCCGGGCUGAGGCCCUGCAGAAACUGGUCACACACCUCCUGGGGAAGCUGGGGGAAAGCACAAACUCUCUGUGACCCCCCAGCCAUUCAGCAUUCAUAUCCUAACGUGUGAACACUAGCAAGUGCUGGGGGAGAGCCGUUGGUGGGACUGUCCCCUUCUGCUCUCCUCCCUUUGAAUAGACCUUUUUAUCUUUGUGCUUUGUCUGAACAGGUGCAGAGGUUUGCUUUGAAUCCUGCCAGAAUGAUCCCCUUGUUACUAGCCACUGGCCAAAGCAGGUCGCUGGCACUUAAACACUCUGGCAAGCCCCAGUGUUAGCAAUGUGAGCUCCAGCUCCCCCUCAUUCUGCUGUCUCUCUUGGCACAACACCCUCCUGCCCCGAGCCUCUGCUCCCCCGUGCCACAUGAGCCUGGUCAACAGUUGGUCCUGGGGCUUGGUGCCUGCUGGGCCUGCUCUGGUGGGGCCUGGUCUGAAGCCAGUGGAAGUCCACAAAAAGACUCUGAAUUCUGGAUACAUGAAAUGGGCCAGGCUAAAGGUGAGGUCUGCCUGGAACAGGCAGUGCUGCAGAGCAAGUGAAUUGCAAUUGAUUUUACAGCUUGGAAAACCACUGCAUUCCCAUGCAUGGGGUUGUGCUCCCUUACCAUGCCAGAUGGUCUCCCAGAAAGUCCCCUCUUUGCUCAUUCUUGGCUUCUCAUGACCAGCUGCAGAGCUCAGUAGCUGUUUGCUACAAUUCAGCUCUCCCCCAGCGCCCCUCACACCUCUCUGCUCUGUCUCAAUUUACAGGGGAUGAAAAUGCAGCCCAACAACAAGGCAUGACCUAUCAUGGCCAAAACAGAAAUCCAGGUCCAGCUCUGCCUGGAUGUGUUCUUUCUGUUUCUGGAUGUUUUGGAGAUCAGUAGCUUGAGCAUUGGAGAUUGGUUCCCUGUUGGUGUCACAAGACAGAGAGAUCAGUUUGACCCAGUGUUUCACAACAGCUUUGCUCCACUGCUGCUUCUCCUGCAGCAGAUGUUGGAGCACCACUGGUUUGAGGAGUUUGAUAAUGUGAAAUUACAGUGGAAAUAUUUUGGAGCAGGUGUGAUAUUUUUCUGACUUUCCAGGUGCUCUUACAUAAAGAAGUUGAGCCAAGCAGUGAGCAAAGGACAAACAGGAGAGGCUCUCUUUUACCAGCGUGCUGAUGGUCUAUCAAGGAAGGGGAACAUUCACCAGAGUGGUGCAUUAUUCAUUGUUCCUCAAAGGUCAGGCUGAGCUGUGGAUGCAGCUGGAUGUGAAACAGUGACUGUAAUUAUUAGAUAACCUUUUUCCCUUCAUUUAUCUUGGAGUUCUCUAUAAAGCCCAUCACGGUCAUAGUUAAAUGUUUUCAGUUGACUCACUGGUCUGAACUGAAGACACCCAACUGGUCAUGGAGAGCUCCCAACCUGCCUUCCUAAAUUUAGCUGAUCAGUUGUUUACCACUGACGCUUGCCCUCCGUCACAGCCUUCAGCCUUCCUUGACAUUUCUUCCAUUUUUUUUCCAAAUGGGUGUUUGCUUGAAGCCCUUCAUGCUGCAAUUACUGGUGUCGACUGCAGCAUCCGUGGUGCAGAUGUUGCCACCAGGAGGAACAGCUGUGCCUUGAAUGUUUUCCAUGAAAUGACAGCACUUCAGGUGUAGGGGAGAUCUUGGGUGACCGCCCCGUCCCCUUCUCUUCUCGUGGGCAGGGUUACCUGUGCUCAUUCCUGACAAAUAUCUGCCCAGCCUGGUCUGGAGGACUUGUGGAGGGGGAGGAUUCACUGCUUGUGCUUUUCUGGCAGAGUCACUUGUUCAGCAGCUCCUGGAACUUGGAGGAGCCCUCAGAGACAGAGGCUCUUCCCAUUUAGUGGCUCUGACUGUCAGGGCAGUCUCGAGGACCAGCUCUGGUGGUUUUCUGCAGAGGGGGAGGGACUCCAACUCCGUCUUCCACAGGGCUGUUGCCUUUUCAGAUCUAGCAGGAGUGAAGUGCUUGUCACGUGGGGCAGCACAAGCAGCGAAAUACGAAAAGUGCCAGAUGUGCAGAGCAAGGAGGAGCCACUUCUACCUGCUCCCUUUUCAGACUUGCCCCAGUAUGGGCUUGUUACAGGGCAGGGAGAGAGCAGAUGAUUUCCCCUGCCUGGAAAAUGGUGCUUCACAUUCAUCUAAUUAAUACUUGGUAAAUACAAAGUCUCUCAAGUGGGAGUGGAAGGCAGCUGUGCAGCUCGCUGUAGCUGGCAGCAGCCAGAGUAGCUAAGGCUGGGAUUUCAGCAGGCUCCAUUAAUUAAUCAGAGUCAGGCUGGGCUGUGAUGUGAAGGGAAGCAUCCAAAAAAACCUGCUGUUGUGCUGGUGCUUCUCAGGCGGGGUUUGAGAUGAAGAGGAGCUUGGCAGCAGCAGCACCUGCUUCCAGCAGGCCGGGCCUGCUCCUCUCUCCAGCUGUACCGGAGGCAGAUCCCCUGCUCUUGUGCCUGAAUGUGGCUUAAAUGCGACUUAAAAUUGAAUCUGGAAACCACCCUGCAGCUAAAUCUUAGGCAAAUUAUGUCUUUUUUUUUUUUUUUUUUUUAAGAAAUAUUUUCUAAAUAGUGUUUGAACCCUUAAACAGUUUGGGGCUCUUCUUUCUGCUGCUCAGGGUUGGCUUGGAUGGCCCAAACUCUGCGUGAGUGUCCUCAUUUUUGUCCCUGUAAGUGAUGAGAGGGAAGAUGCCCUGGGCACUUUGGAAAGGAUCUUAUUCAUGCUUUAUGGGGGAGAGGGAGAAUACAGUUAACAGAGUGGGCUCGUCUGGCUUUGGGAGAUACUUUUAAUACAAUUUUUUGAGUUUUUUUUAACUGCUGGUGAAUUUCAAAAGUCUGAAAUACAAUGAUGCAGGACAAAUAAGAUAUGUAGGGAAGAAACUGAGGGAAUAAAACCUGCUGUGAUCCUGAAAACAGUGUUUUUGUUUGCUGUGCCAAGGUUGUUGUGUAGAAAAGAGGGAGGUGCUUAACACUCCUGCACUCCACCCCAGGCUGGAGGAUAUCCCUGGGGGACCCCACAGCACCACAUCCCUGGGGAGCCAGAGCUCAAAGCUCUGGAUAAGCAGGACCAACGUUGGACCAGCACUUUGUGCAGGUAUUUCUUACUGAUCCCACCAGGCUGAGGAACUUAUGGAAGAAACACCAAGAACCAAAGGACCUGGACUAACUUUUGAGAAGCUGGAAGGUGUGAUGGGCUGUGGUGGUGCCAGUGCAGCAAGUCACCUGUGUUGGAGGCAGGAUGUGGGUUCCUUGGUGCUGUGCCUUUUUUUUUUAGUGCUCCUGGUGCUUUCUGGCAACAUCCAUGGCCGAAAUGAGUAGGUUGUGAAACAACUUUGGCUUUCUUCGUUCCUAUCCUCUGUGCCCCUUACCUGCUUCUGCAGUCCAGGGCAUUAUGGUCAUAGGGAUAAGCUGGAAGAUGCACAAAAAGCUGAAAAACCUGGCAGGGGGUAAAAGAGUCCCAGAUUGCAUGAUGAUCCUGGCUGGAUUGGGAACGCCACCAGCACUGGCUGUCCCAUGCAGCUCUACCUGUGGCAGGGGGAUCCAUGGAAAACCUGUGUCUGUGCAGGGCACAGCUGGCACAGCUCCUCCUUUACUCCCUCACAGCCAUGGAUCCAUGAGCCAGUCUGGCCCAUCCUCUCUGCCAGCCCUUUCCUUUUCCUUGCUCACCGUUCCAGAGAAAACUUUUUGGAUCAUGAGUUCCUGCUGCUUCCAGUCCCCUGGAGAAGAUGGAGAUUGUUAUAUGGAUGUGGGAUCCACAUGAAAGUGUGAGGCCAAGAGGAGAAAUCUCUGCCACAGCCCUUGACUGGACCAUAUAAUGAGUGUUUAAGUAGAGAUCUCUGCUGUUAUCUGCAAAACAACCUUGCAACCCCAAAAAA